CGAAGAAAGAUGCGAUCUUAUAUGACAGGUAAAGCAUGUCCAUUCCAUUUCAACAAUGAGCGAUAUCGAAACACACAAAGCAUCUUCUUUAGAGGAAGAAGGCAGAGUAAAUUAUGAUCAUAUCGCAGGCAAGCAGAAGACAAGCAGACGGAAAUAUAUCUUCGCUGGUCUUGGCUUAUUGUUGCUUAUUCUUAUAGGAUUAGGAAUUGGACUGGGAGUUGGAUUAACUCACAAAAAUGAUGAUGCAGACGAUAGUGGAUCUAGCGAAUCAUCGUCAGACCCAUCUGGACCAGUUCUGAGCAAUAAUUCGUCGACUAACUCUUCUAUUUGGCAGCCCGCAGCAGGUAUAUCAUGGAACUAUUUAUUAUUAAGUCCACCCUUGACAAAUGCCACAAACGGAACACAAGCUAUAGGAUUAGACCUGUUUGAUGUUCAGACUGAAAUUGUACAAGGCUUACAGCAAAAUGGAGCAAAGGUGAUUUGCUAUUUCAGUGCAGGAAGUUAUGAAAAUUGGCGACCCGAUCAAGCACAAUUUCAGCCAGACGAUUUAGGAAAAUCACUCAAAGGAUGGAAAGGCGAAAGGUGGCUCAAUGUCAGCUCGCCGAAUGUACACAAGAUUAUGGAAGCAAGAAUGGAUUUAGCUGUUCAAAAGCAUUGUGAUGCUAUUGAUCCAGACAAUGUGGAUGGGUAUGAUAAUGAUAAUGGGUUAGGCUUAACAGAAACGGACGCAAUUAAUUACCUCAGCUUUUUAUCCACUUCUGCUCAUUCUCGUGGCUUGGCAAUUGGUUUAAAGAAUGCUGGUGGAAUUGUGGAUAAUGUAGUAGACGUUUUCCAAUUUAGCGUUCAAGAGCAAUGCGAGCAAACAAAAGAGUGUGAACAAUAUACACCUUUUAUCACACAGAACAAACCAGUCUUUCAUGUCGAGUAUCCAAAAGGGGACAAAACAAACAAUAAUGCGGAUGUAUCCGCUACUCAAAAGCAGAUUAUUUGCAAUGAUUCAACAGCCAAGGGAUUUUCCACCAUUAUGAAGAAUAUGAAUUUGGAUAGUUGGAUUGAAUCUUGUUGAUUUGUUUUCUAUUGUUUUAUACUAAAUCGAGCUUUAAUCUCUGCAUGCGCAGCGCGUUCCUGCAUUGAAAUCUUAAUAGAACAGAUCCAGAAUAAAGGUUAAUGUACAAAACAUUCCUGGCUUUCAUUGUUAAGGGUACAAUGUAAUUUUAUUGUUCAGAUUUAUUAAUUUAUAAAUGUAC